AUGACAUGCCCAAUCAGAAGGGGCGAACUCAUCACCGUCAUAGAUCCUACCUUUACAAGUAGGACAUCGACGUUUCAAGUUGAGACUCAAGAUUACGAUGAUGGUCACGACACCCAACGGUUCGGACAGUUCAACGUGCUGAGAUGGCUGCCAGGAAAGCGCUCCUCACUGUUCAAGAUCGACCCAAUUUCAGUGAUACCGUCACAUCCUCUGACAGUCACACCGAGCGCCUUAUCACACACCAUCACUCUUGAAACGAGGCUAAAAUUUCUAUAUCAAUUGGUCUUCCCUCAUGCCUGCCGUUCAAAGCAUGUUCCAAGCGCUAAGCAUCUCCCUUUCACCAAAACCACCAUGACUACCGCGAGGGGUGGCUCAACGGGAAGCCCCAGCAUUGAGAUUACAGAAAUCUGUGUUUCAUCCCAGUAUAUCCUCAAAUCGGUCCAGCUUUCGAUUGGAUCGUUCAAACGGGAAUCACCCUGUCUCCUGGAUGCAAAGACUCACGCAUUUGAGUUGUCAUCCCCCUGGCAAGUGCCUCCCUUCUGCAAUCGCUCCUGUCUUGCUGAUGCAGGACUUUCUACUCUAGAAUGGUCAAAAUCAUUUGACAAGUUCGAUGUCAUCUUGAAGUUUAGCCAAUAUGCAGGGAACCUGCGACGAGUGGCGACCUACAACCCACAACGGAUGAGUUAUUCAAGUUGGUCGAACGAGUGGUGUAGGGAAAUCUUCCCUUAUCAACGAAUGCUUCGGCGUCAAGGAUGCUAUGAGGCCACUUCCCUGUCUUCUCAAAAUCCACUCCUAAAGCUUGUCCUUCCCCAGACCGUGGCUCAUUCAAAGGCUGGCGUGUCAAAUAUCAAUACUCCAAUUAUAGCCAGCGAAAACAGAAGAUUUGUUCUACACGACAGUCAGGGCUUCGAGCAUGGGGAGGGUGACAACUUCAAGAAAGUCGUUGAUUUUUUGAAAGCUCGGAAGGACAUGCCCAAUGUGAGGGAUCAGGUACAUGCUGUCUGGCUUUGUUUCCAAGUAUCCUUGUCUGAAGGUAAUCGUUUGUUCGAGGCUGGGGUGGAAGAGUUAUUCCGUAUGAAGUUGGUAGGACAGGUUGAAUUUGGUAACAAUCUCAAGUUUCAAAAACGCAACAAACAUUUGGAUGCGGAAACCCGAAAUGCAUGUCUUGCUGAAGAGGCCAGAGCAAAGUUCCAAGAAUUGUGCAUUGGUCCCUUUGAAAAGGUUGUUGAUAAAAACAUUCCGCACAUCCCCGUCUCAACUACUAAAGGAUACAAAGAUACCAGAAAGAUGUUGAACGAGCUUGUCCGUCUCACUACUGACUAUGUUAAAAACACGCUGGCGGUCGACGUUGCUGGAGAUGUUGCACUAGUCUCUGCCAUUGCUCAACGCGUGAAUCCAGCUGUGAAGAUUGAUGCGGUGAUUGCAGUUGGGAAGAAGCGUUAUUGGAUGGAUCUCGCGGCUAGUGCAAAAUUUCUGGGCAACACUAUAGAAGAAUGUCAACGGGUUCUACAUACUGAUAUCGUUCAAGUGUGGAACAUUCAGGAUGAUUUAAUUUUUGGCCUGGUGGUGAACGCCCGUUUGCGCCUUUCCCGCCGCUUGAUCAAGCUUGUCUUUACGGCCUACAACAUUUCAGAGGAAAGGAGCAAAGUUCACAAGGAGGUUAAGGAACAUGUGAAGCUGGCAGGCUGCUUUGACUGGGAUGCAGCUCUGGCAAAGAUCAUUCAAUUGAUCAAGGAGUAUCAGAUGAAACCCGAGAGUAUGGACAAGCUACAAAGUGCAGUUGAGAUGUUCGAGAACAAUGACGACGAGGAUUGGGGCAUAGGCAAAGCGUGA